UUGAUAGCGGACGGAUAUCACUCGCACUAGAACGCGUUAAUUCUGUUAUAAAUACCUUUGUUCUGUGUUUAUUUAAUGAAUAUGUGUGUACUACAAGUAAAUAGAGUUCGAUUUUAAGUAUUCUAUACGCCAUUUAUGUAAACAUCGCAUCAGUUCUGUGAAUGUAAUCGAGUAUGCAGUGAAAUCGUAUUUGUUCGGCUGUUUUCGUUCGCGCGGAUGAAAGUAAUAAUGUUGCGGUCUAAAGUUAAGAUAUUAGAGGAGAUACACCCUUUGGAUGUGAUAAAGGAGGUAGAGAAAUGGCCAGUAUUGUACGUGAAGGAUUGUCCAGAACGAAUGAACCAUCAUUUUAAAAAUAAAAUAUGGAAUGAAAUUGGCAAGGCGCUGUUACCGGAGUGGGAGCAGUACAGCGAUAGUGAAAAGAACGUAAAAGUUACAGAUCUAAUGAAGAAAUGGAGGAACCUUCGCGACACAUUCCGAAGACACGUUGAGAUAGAGAAGCAAAGAAUGAAUGGAAAUGAAAAUGUUAAACGUAAACGCUACGUUUAUUUCAAACACAUGAUGUUCUUACUCCCUCACAUAGCACAAGACACAGAAUCCGAUAACAGCUUGCAGCCGAAGUUAAACGAAUACCUCCACAGCACCACAUUGAAGAAGAAGAAAAAAGACAUGAAACGGAGACUGCGCAAAGAGAAACUGCCACUCUUGAUCGAGAAAAGAGCGAGCAACGAAAGCAUAGACGAAGACAGGCAUUUCUUAAUGUCGCUGAUACCUUCGUUCAAGAAGAUGUCGGACGAUGAGAAACUUACAGCUAAAGUGGAAAUACUAAAGGUUAUUCAGCAAGUUCGCAGUUCGGCGAUAGAAGUGGUCACAGAAACUGUCGACUGUGGAAGCGCUUCUAGUAGUAAUGUUAAGAUGGAACUGAUAUCAGAAGAUAUAGCUGUGGAUUCUGAUUUGCAGGAAGGUAGCGAAGGGUCUGAUGAAUGUUAAUGGCUUCAAAUCGCUUGAGCCCCGAAUUCACCAAUUAGAACACUUUUAACUAAUCUUACGCCUGUAAAUGAGUUUAUAGAUUCAAUUCGGAUUUCACCAACAUAGUUAUAGGCUAGACGCGAUUAAAUGCUGACCGCCGAAUUUUGGACGAUCAGCAAAGCACUCUAGAUCAGCAGCAGACGUGUAAAGAAAAGUGUGUUGUGUAAUAAUAAAUAAUGAUUUGUGUUUAGUAUGGUUUAAGCACUUUCAACAUGCGGAUGCCCUAGCGCACCAUUAAUGUAAAAAUCAAAUUUUCUAAUGACCGUUUGUUUUGAUGUAUCAAUAUUGAAAUGGCAGUUGAUAUUUUGUGAGUUUUGUUUCCUCUAAUACGUCAUUAGCAAAUGAAAUCAAUAUCUUAAUAACUAUUGUUGCUAACUGCGAUUGCGCAGCAACACAUUUUUGGGACAGACGUUGUUUUAUUCAUAAUGUACUGUUUUUUUAUGAAUGUACCAAUAAUAUUUGAUAUCAUCAAGAAUUAUUUCGUAGAAUAUGCUCCCUGUUGUUUGAAAUUGUUUUACAUCAAACUGUCAAACCGUGCGUCAAUAAAUUCUCUCAUAGACAUUAUGUCCAUACAAAACAAAUAUUGGAAAUAAAAAUAAUUAUGGAUCCCUAAUUGAAAUAUAAACUAUCCUAUCUCUCAAGUUGGACUAAACUGCACUCCAUGAAUCAUGAAUCCCCAUUAAAUUCUUUUCAUUGGUUUAGCAGUUCAUUGGAUUUUAAUAUAUUAAAUUAUAGACACUGGAUUUUAAUAUAUUAAAUUAUAUUGAAUUAUAUCAAUAUAUGACCUUUAUAUAACUUUUAUUAGCAACUUCACUUACCAAAAAGUUAUUUCGCAUUUAUUGUUUUCACACACAAAAAGGUCGAAGUUUCUAUUGUGUGAACAAACACGAAAGUUUGUAAAACAGAACAGUAUUAUAUGAUGGUAGUCUUAAUAACAUUUCCUUUAGCGUUGCUAGUAUUAUAAUUAAGUAAAAUAUAUAUAUUUUAAAUCUUUUGUUUGUAUGUAGAUUACCUACAUAACUAUUUAUAUAAAGUUGUUAUAAAUCAUAUUUUUUUUUUUUUCAAAUUGUCUUUUCUGAUACCUUUUGAAUAGAUUUCUAACUCUAAAAAUUACCAAAAAACUAAAUAAUAUCAACAGAAUAUGAUUCAAGUAUAACUUUUGCUUGUGGAUUGCAUUUUUGUAAUGUCAAACUAACAGAUGUUUAUUAGAAA